GGUGCAUUGUGUUGCAUUUUCCAGCUACCUUUUAAACUCCUUUUUGACUCCGAAAAUCGAUAAAACUCUCAAAGGUUAAGAAAAACAGGAUCGAUUCCUUUCUCUCUUGUUAAAUCUGACCGCUCGGGCGAUUUCCAAGCCCUUGUCGAGUGAAAAUUAAGGUUGUGUCCCGCGUAUUAAUCCAUUGAACUCUGCUAGAAAUUGAGGAAUUUGCCGAAGGAUUAAUUUAAUUGAUCCUGGACUGCAUUUAGUUGCAGUGAGAGAGCGCGGCUAGUACUGAAAUCGGUGAAACCGUUUCAGAACAAGGGAGAAAAAAGUUACGAACGCGGAAGAAACAUCGCUAAAUAUCGUAGGAGGCUUUGUAUUUUACCGGAGGUUACGAAUAUGAGCUCUGGUGACCCGUGGUCCCUUCCGGUGAAGCAGGGUCUCUACGAUCCGUCUCUUGAAAAGGAUGCCUGUGGAGUUGGUUUUAUCGUCGCAAUUGAUGGCAAACGUUCGCACAAGAUUCUCCGUGAUGCAGAGAAAUUGUCUGAGCGUAUGAACCACAGAGGUGCAUGUGCAUGUGAUAACGAUACAGGUGAUGGAGCUGGUGUUUUGUGUGCUAUUCCACAUCAAUACUACGCAGACGAACUGCGAGAGAAGCAAGGUAUAAUUUUGCCAGAAUUCGGACAUUAUGCAACGGGCAUUCUCUUCCUUGACAAGAAUACUCAUCACGAAACGGAAGCUUCUUUCGAGAAAUUGGCUAAAGAAUGCAACUUACGAGUAAUCUGUUGGCGAGAUGUGCCCACAGAUAGUAGAACAAUUGGCGAAGUUGCACGGAAAUGCGAGCCUUACAUGCGACAAGUAUUUGUCACUGGCGAUCAGGAGGUUGAGGCCUUGAAUCGUCAGGUGUUUGUCUUGCGAAAAAAGUCGACACAUUCUAUACGGCAACCAGGUUUGAGGUACUACAUCUGUUCUCUCUCUCUGAAAACAAUUGUCUUCAAAGGACAAUUUACGGCCGAUCAAUUAUGGGGCUACUUCCUGGACUUCAGGUCACCGAAAUUCGAGACAUAUCUGGCCCUUGUACACACACGGUUUUCCACCAACACUUUCCCAAGUUGGGAAAGAGCUCAUCCACUCCGGUUACUCGCCCACAAUGGAGAAAUAAACACGCUUCGUGGAAAUGUAAAUUUCAUGAAAGCCCGCGAGGGUGUGAUGAAAAGUCCAGUUUUUGGAGACCAGCUGAAAGAGCUUUACCCAGUCGUUGAACCGGGCCUUUCAGAUUCUGGUUCAGCCGACUGUGUACUGGAAUUUUUAUGCAUGGCAGGAAAUCGCUCCUUGCCCGAGGCUGUGAUGACAAUGGUGCCGGAAGCUUGGCAGAAUGACAAGACAAUGGCAACGGAAAAGAAAGACUUCUAUCACUGGGCGUCGUGUGCCAUGGAACCCUGGGAUGGACCAGCCCUUCUGACCUUCACCGACGGCCGUUACAUCGGUGCUAUCCUGGACAGAAAUGGCCUGCGUCCGUCGCGUUUCUACGUCACGAAGGAUAACGUGAUGGUGAUGGCGUCCGAAGUGGGCGUCUAUGACACUCCGCCCAGCAAUGUUGUCCUGAAGAGUCGCUUGAAGCCCGGCAGAAUGUUGCUCGUCGACACCGAGGAAAAGCAAAUCAUUCAAGACGUGGAGCUUAAGUUGAAAAUCGCCAAGAGCAGGCCUCAUUCCAAAUGGCUCAAGGAGCAGAUGAUAACGAUGGAUGACCUUCGAGCAGGUCAUAUUCCUGCUGGCAGUGCCGUCGAAGGGGUUCAAAAUGGACCUACCAAUAACGAAGUGGCGAAAAAAAAUGGACUUAAUAUGAAUGGAGUCGAAAUGAAAAUAUCGGCCGUUAAUCGAGUCUGGGGUGGCGAUAAGAGGCUCGCUUUGUACGGAUACACCUUGGAAACUAUCAACAUGCUACUGCUUCCUAUGAUUCAGACAAAAAAAGAGGCGCUUGGUUCGAUGGGAAAUGACGGACCACUUGCAUGUUUGUCGCAAUUCCAACCCCUUCUCUACGAGUAUUUCAAGCAACUUUUCGCCCAGGUCACCAAUCCGCCGAUCGAUCCAUUUAGAGAGAAGGUCGUAAUGUCUCUCCUCUGUCCAAUUGGUCCAGAGAGCAACAUCCUGGAUCCGAGUGAACUCUACGUUCACCGGCUCUUCCUUCCGCAGCCAAUUUUGUCCCUCACGGAUCUCGAAGUCAUCAAGCAUAACAAGCAUCGAGGAUGGAAAACGAAAUUGAUCGAUGCCACUUAUCCAGUCGAGGAAGGAACUUCAGGUCUGAUAACAACUUUGGACAGGGUUUGCAAGGAAGCUAAUGAAGCGGCGAGAGAGGGAUAUCAACUUAUCAUUUUGUCUGAUCGACAAGGUGGACCCAAGAGAGUUCCGGUAAGUAUGGUACUGUCAUUGGGCGCUGUUCAUCAUCACUUGAUUGAAGAACGGCAGAGAAUGAAGGUUGGCAUCGUGCUGGAAACCGGCGAGGCUCGAGAAGUGCAUCACAUUUGUGUUUUGCUUGGAUAUGGAGCCGAUGCUAUUUGCCCAUACCUUGUCUUCGAAAUGGCGAGGGAUUUGAGAUCCGACGGUGUUAUCGAUGCAAAUUGCACCGACGAUGUAAUAUUUGAGAGUUACGCGGAGGCAAUGGAGCGAGGAAUAGCGAAAGUGAUGGCCAAAAUGGGAAUUUCGACCCUUCAGUCCUACAAGGGAGCUCAAAUUUUCGAAGCCGUUGGUCUCGCCGACGAAGUCAUCGAAAAAUGUUUCAAGGGGACGCAUUCUCGUAUUGGGGGAGUGAACUUUGAUAUUUUGGCCAAAGAAGCUUUUGACAGACACCAAAUGACCUAUUGGGAAAAACCUUUGGACAUGGUGGUUAUUCGCAAUCCUGGAAUUUUCCACUGGAGAGCUGGAGGGGAAAAACACAUAAAUGAUCCUGUCAGCAUUGCAAGUUUGCAGGAAUAUGUCGAAUCGAAAAAUGGAUCUGCUUAUGAAAAUUAUCGGAAGAGUACGAUGGAAGCAGUACAAGCUUGUACUCUUCGAGGUCAAUUGCAGUUGGUGACAACGAAUGAACCAGUUCCGAUUGAGGAAGUGGAAUCAGCCACGGAAAUUGUGAGGCGUUUUGCGACAGGUGCAAUGAGUUUCGGCAGUAUUUCAUUGGAGGCUCAUCAAACCUUGGCGAUCGCUAUGAACCGAAUCGGCGGAAAAUCGAAUACAGGCGAAGGUGGUGAAGAUGCAGACAGAUAUCUGAACCAGGAUCCAGAAUUUAAUAGAAGAUCGGCUAUCAAACAAGUCGCGAGUGGAAGAUUUGGAGUGACUUCGAGUUAUUUGGCGAAUGCUGAUGAUCUCCAGAUUAAAAUGGCACAGGGCGCCAAGCCUGGAGAAGGAGGAGAACUUCCCGGAUAUAAGGUGACUGCGGAAAUUGCAGCAACAAGACACUCGGUCCCAGGAGUGGGUCUCAUAUCACCUCCUCCUCAUCACGACAUUUACUCAAUCGAAGAUCUCGCUGAAUUGAUUUACGACUUGAAAUGCGCUAAUCCGAAUGCUAGAAUUUCCGUGAAAUUGGUCUCGGAAGUUGGGGUUGGUGUUGUUGCAGCAGGAGUCGCCAAGGGAAAGGCAGAGCAUGUUGUGAUUUCUGGACACGACGGUGGAACCGGUGCCAGUAGCUGGACUGGAAUAAAAGCCGCAGGACUCCCCUGGGAAUUGGGAAUUGCCGAAACUCAUCAAGUUCUUGUUUUGAAUAACCUUCGAUCGCGAAUGGUGGUCCAAGCCGACGGACAAAUGCGAACCGGAUUCGACAUAAUUGUCGGCGCUUUGCUCGGUGCCGACGAAUUUGGUUUGAGCACUGCUCCUCUGAUUGCCAUGGGAUGCACCAUGAUGCGAAAGUGUCAUCUGAACACUUGUCCCGUGGGAAUUGCCACCCAGGAUCCCGUCCUCCGGGAAAAAUUCGCCGGAAAGCCGGAACACGUGAUCAACUUUUUCUUUAUGCUCGCCGAAGAAGUCCGCUCGCAUAUGGCCAGUUUGGGAAUUCGUAAAUUCCAGGAUCUGAUUGGACGCACGGAUCUUCUGAAGGUUCGCGACAAUAUCAGUAUGGAGAAGGCGAAGACGUUGAAUUUGGAAAAUAUUUUGAAAAAGGCGCUGGAUAUGCGACCGGGUGUCAAUAUCAAGGGUGGAUCGAUUCGACAGGAUUUCCAACUCGAACUGAGACCUGACAAUUUGCUCAUUGAAAAGGCUCAGGCGGUCAUUAAUGGGGAAGAAAAGAGUGUUGAGAUCGAAAUGACGAUUAAUAAUGAAAGCAGGGCUUUUGCGUCCACUCUCAGUUACCACAUUUCCAAGAAAUUUGGAGAAGAUGGACUUCCCGCGAACAGUAUUAACAUCAAAAUGAAAGGCUCUGCUGGACAGAGCUUCUGUGCUUUUAUGACGAAAGGGAUUCACGUGACUCUCGAAGGAGAUGCAAACGAUUACGUAGGAAAAGGUCUUUGUGGCGGUGAGAUAGUGAUCUACCCGCCCAAGGAAUCAGAAUUUAAUUCUGAAGCGAAUGUGAUUGUCGGCAAUGUUUGCCUUUAUGGAGCGACUUCCGGAAAAGCUUACUUCAGAGGCAUCGCCGCUGAGAGAUUUAGCGUUAGGAACAGCGGAGCUGUCGUCGUUGUCGAGGGCGUUGGCGACCAUGGCUGUGAAUAUAUGACUGGAGGUUGUGCCGUCAUUCUCGGACUCACUGGAAGAAAUUUCGCUGCUGGUAUGUCUGGAGGAAUUGCCUAUGUUCUGGACGUCGAUGGAUCGUUCAAGAGCAAAUGCAAUCCGGAAUUGGUCGAGUUACUGCCCUUGGAUAGGCAAGAAGACAUUGAAUAUGUUAAACAAUUGCUGGAGGAAUUCGUUGAGAAAACUGGAUCACUCAUUGCUAUAGAUUUGCUGCAAACUUGGCCGGAACCCACAACUCGAAUCGUUAAAGUUUUCCCCUACGAUUACCAACGAGCAUUGAAACAGAUGGAAGAAGAUAAGCUGAAAGAACCAGCUUUGAAUGGAAAUUCGAAAACUGAAUCUACGGCUGCAGUGAAGGACAUCGAAGAUUCGAUGCCUGAUACUGAAAUGGAGCAACGCAAGCUCGACAAAAUAAAGGGAUUUAUGAAAUAUUCGAGAGAGAAGACGAAUUACAGACCAGUAGAGAAACGGGUGAACGAUUGGGACGAGAUCUACAAUUUCCAGGGAGUUCGUAAGGGAUUGCGAGUCCAGGCAGCGAGAUGCAUGGAAUGUGGAGUGCCUUUCUGUCAAAGUAGCCACGGAUGUCCUCUUGGAAAUAUCAUUCCAAAGUGGAACGACUUGGUGUUCCAAUCGAACUGGAAAGAAGCUCUCAAUCAGUUGCUUCAAACAAACAAUUUUCCAGAAUUCACUGGGCGGGUGUGUCCAGCUCCCUGCGAGGGAGCCUGCGUCUUGGGAAUAAAUGAGCCGGCAGUGACAAUAAAGAAUAUCGAAUGUGCGAUAAUCGAUCAUGCAUUUGAGCAAGGAUGGAUCACGGCAAAUCCGCCGAAGACGAGGACAGGAAAGAAAAUUGCGAUUGUGGGUUCAGGACCUGCAGGACUCGCGGCUGCUCAUCAGCUCAACAAAGUUGGCCACCUAGUUACAGUAUUCGAGAGGAAUGAUCGAGUUGGAGGAUUGCUUCAAUAUGGAAUUCCUACCAUGAAAUUAUCAAAGAAGGUCGUACAAAGGCGGGUCGCUCUUCUCGCGGCUGAAGGAAUCACCUUCAAGACGAAUGUCGAUGUGGGAAAAGAUGUUACCGCAAAGGAAUUGAAGCAACAAUUCGACGCAGUAUUAAUUUGCACCGGAGCAACAUGGCCUAGAGACUUACCGAUCCCGGGUCGGCAAUUAGACGGAAUUCACUUUGCCGUGAGUUUCCUGGAGCACUGGCAGAAAAAACAAAUGGGAAAUGAAGCACCGCUGAAUAUGCGGCUCAUCGCCAAGGAUAAGGACGUUAUUAUUAUUGGUGGAGGAGACACUGGCUGUGAUUGCAUUGCUACUUCGCUACGACAGGGCGCCAAAACGAUUACUACAUUUGAAAUUUUGCCAGAGCCACCGGCGAAGCGAGCGAAUGAUAAUCCUUGGCCUCAAUUUCCGCGAGUAUUUAAAGUAGACUAUGGUCAUGAAGAAGUAAAACUCAGAUUUGGACGCGAUCCACGACAAUUCAGCACUCUGAGCAAGGAAUUCUUGGAUGAUGGCAAAGGUCAUGUAAGUGGAAUCAGGACAGUGACUGUCGAAUGGACAAAAGACGAUCAAGGUCGCUGGAAAAUGGACGAAGUGCCCAAUUCCGAAAAGGUAUUCAAAUGUGAUUUAGUUCUUCUCGCAAUGGGUUUUCUCGGGCCUGAGAAAUACAUAGCGACUGAGCUGGACGCAAAAUUAGACGGGCGUGGAAAUUACGAAACCCCUUCGGGAAAAUACGCGACUAGUUUGCCUGGAAUCUAUGCAGCGGGAGACUGCAGGAGGGGACAAUCGCUGGUCGUCUGGGCGAUAACCGAGGGAAGACAAGCAGCCCGAGAAGUGGAUCAGAAUUUGAUGGGAGUUUCUGGGCUUCCAGGACCCGGUGGAAUCAUAUCCGGAGUUCUGAAUUAAAAGCCUAUAAAAUAAUCUACUCUUCCGAUCUCGUGAACGGAGUGAACUCGCGGCAAAAUAUUAUCCGAGACUGUCGGUUUUAUCAAUUUUAGCGAGUAGUAGCUGCUGUUUUUAUCAAGUUUUUACGUAACGCAGAUGCGCGUUAUGAAUCGAAGCUCUGCUGCGAGAGUAGAUCUAUUGAAAAUAAUAAUACCAGAGAUCUGAGUGCUGGCGGGAGGUUGUUUUUCCAAAAAAAAAAGACCUGCGCAACGGGUUGUUGUUACAAUUACUUGUAAAACGAUUGAUUGAAGCCUCGUCGUUUUUCACUCGAGUUCUCAUCACGGUAAGUUGAUUAGGCUUUCGUGAAAUCAAAAGCAAGCAUUCAAAUCGUUGAGAUAUAGUUCUUACAAUUAGUAUGAAAAGCACCAAAGGCAAUUCGUUUUUUGCGAGAAGCUCGACGGAGAAAAAGAAGAAGAAAAAAAAAGUAGUUGGCAGGAUUAAUUAUUAUCAGUGAGCGUUAAUCGAAUUUUGUCGAUGAAAAAAUUGAUCUUGCACUUUGACGAUACAAGUCUGAUUGAAGAAUCGCAUUCCUUGUGCACCAUUAGCACAAAUUUUCGUUUUAAAGCUGAUCGUAUUCGUUUCUACUCGCUCCAGCGAAAAAUUUGCUCUCCAAGAGUUUCCUCAAAAGUAUAUAUAUUUAUCUUCUUAGUUAGGUUUUUAAAAUUUGUAGUGAUAGUCCUCAUUUUCCAGCUUGAAACUUAUUUAAUAAAUUACAUUUUUGGAUGAAGUCCUUUUGUGUUUUUUGUUUCUUAAUUGUAGAAUAUUUGGGAGGAGGAUUUUUUGGCCUGGGGUCGUUUGGGCGUUUCCUUUUUGUGUGGAUUUAAAAUGGUCAAUUACCUUUUUGAAGAUGCGAACUUUUAGUGGCUCAUUGGACGUAAUUGUGGAAAUUACUCAUUGCUUAGAGAUGAUUUUUUGUUGUUUUUUUGUUUGUAAUUUUUCAUAGUUUUCAUCGAAUUUUUAGAUUUUAAGAUUCGUAUUCGAUUGAACGAAUUUACAAGUAAGUAAUUUAUUUAUAAUUUCAUCGUGAGUAGUGUAAGGAUACGUAUCAAUUUGUAUUAUGCAAGUUUGAUUUAGUUGAGUACAUUUCAGAUUGUCAUUUAUAUUUACUAUCUGAGACAAUAAAAUUAUAUUGAAUGUUA